AUGCACGUCUUCGCUCUUCUUCCCGUCGUCUUUGGCCUCCCAGCCUUUGGGACUUUGAUCGACACGCAAUUUCCGCACAUGCUUCUGCCUCUCAAAAAGUCUUACCCAAACACCGCUUUUCUAACCCAGAAGGAUACGACGGUCAGCUACAACAGCAAGACCCUUGACGAACAAUGGACCGCUGUCAACUACGACGUCCCCAACAACGAGGCAAACAUCUGUCGCCUCCGGUUCUAUGUCAACACCGACAUAUUCAAGAAGGCCCCACUAAGUCUGGAAGGCGAAGCACCUUUCGCCGUCAACAUCUCACGCACCGAGUCCAAGCUUGUCAAUGGCGGCACUACCUGGAACAACAAGCCCGCCAUUACCGAACACUACGACACAUACGUGCUGUCGAAGAACGGCGCGAUUGAGGUUGUCAGCAAGUGGUUCCAAUGUCCUAAGGGAGAUGUUGCCCAAUUCGUUAUUCACCCUGCUAGCAAGAAGGAUUUGAAGGUCUACUGGUUUGAGCUGGACUAUGGUGCUGAGGAUGGAGGUCCACACGGUCUACCGGAAGGCUUCACUCUGGCCGAAGCUGUAACACUACCCAACAACUUCGUGACAGUAUUCCACACCCUCACGACCGAUCUGGGUCUCGAAACACCCUGGCCAAAAGCCGAGGCUUAUGUGCCAGGCCAUGCUGAUAGUCCGAUAUUGAUCUGGGGUGGCUCCUCAUCCGUCGGUCAAUUUGCCAUCCAGAUUCUGCGGUACUACGGCUAUAGGAACAUUCUGACGACAGCGUCCCAGAAGCACCACGAGAAAUUACGUAGCCUUGGCGCAAAUCAGGUAUUCAAUUACGGCAGCACAGACGUUGUUGCAUCCAUUUUGAAGGCUAGCGGUGACAAGGGAAUUCCUCUGGUUCUGGACUGCAUCGGAAGCCAAAAGGGUAGCAUCGCACCAAUCGCCAAGAUCGCGAAACCCGGAUCCAAGGUCGCAAUAUUGCUACCAGUCGUAGUGCGUGACUCGACUGAGAGCCAGGAUCCAGAGUAUGAGAUGGAUGUAGGCAAAGCGGCAGAGUGGCGCGAUGGUGUCGACGUGAGAGGCGUGCGAACACAUUUCUACCUAAACAACGAGUUCUUCAAGAAUCAUUUACAGCCCGAUAUAAUGCCUACUAUGUUGAAGGACGGUAUCGUAACGCCGCAAAAGCAGAGGGUUGUGGAGGGCGCGACGUUGUUGGAGAGGGCACAAAAGGGGAUGGACAUGCUGAGGCGUAAAGAAGCGAGUAUGGAGCGCCUUGUGUGGCGAGUCAGCGAAGCGUAG